UCUAUCAUCAUGAUUUCUAAUCUAUGACAAAAUAUGGUAAUACACACAAUACCAUCUAAUCUAUGAUUCUCAAUGUUCACUCUUCGUUGUUUUUCAAUGAAGCAUAUUCCGUCUUUACUAAAUCCGCAUCCAAGGUUUCACUCUAAUUCCAAUGCAAUAGAGCCUAAUUUGCGCCGUGGCUGAAUUUACAUUGAGAUUUUAUAUAUAUAUAAAAUAAACAACCUUUUUUUGACAGCUGUCUUUCCAAUGACAUCUCGCAUCUACGCGUAAAAAUGUUAAUUUUAAUAAUUAAAUACCUCACACGGCCGUAAUGAGUUUUAAUUUUUUUGUUCUAGUAUACGAUCUAACGGGUUCUGUACAUCUUUGUUAGUAUUCUAUUAUUAUUUAAAUUCCAAAAAAUCACAUCUUCCCGCUUAAGGAGAGGAGAUGGCAACUAACCCCUGGCAGAAGCACAGUCGGCCGGGGUUCAGGGCCCCAGGGAGAGAAACCGGCGUACAAUGCGGGCAGUAUCUAAGAGCACCGCUUUCUGCAUCUUUCCCGGGAGUGAGCCGCCUCGGAAUACCAACCGUCUGAGAUGUUGUUCCAGACUGGUUGGGAUAAGACCGUUCACCGACAUAACGAUUGGAAUGAUUUCGGUGGACGCCACCCCCCCACAUUUCGGUCACCUCGUAAGCCAAGUCGACAUAUUCUCUCUUUUUCUCAGUUUUGGCUUUGACAAGGUUUGUUAUUGUUAUUUAUUUAUUAAGAAUAUCAAAUGGAGGCAAAUGUAAUGGACACACACAAUGUAAUUUAUUCAUAUUUCUUUUUUUAUUAUUAUUUUUAUUAAGGAAUUACGCGACUGACUCUUGGCCACAACAGAAUAUCAGUGUUUUGCUCUUUUGAGGGCAAAGCAAUAAACUGAGUUGUGACCAUUUUGUGUUACUAUGGCACACGUAUGAAAAAAGGAAAUUGUUGUUUUUAUAUUGCUUAUAUAUUUAUAUGCUAUUUUGUUUUUUUUUUCUUUUGUUGCUUUUUUGUUUUUCAUUCUUUUAUACUGUAUAUGUAUAUAUUAUGUAUAUGUUUGUAUUGUAAUUUGUGUGUUGGAAGUAAUGCAAAUAAAUUAUCUAUCUAUUUUGAAUGGCUAACGUGUUUACAGUUUGCGGGGUAUAUUCAUCAUCAUCACCAUCAUUUAAGCCCUCAACGGUCCAAUGCUAAAUGUAAGCCUCCCUCUUGAGGACUUUUUCAGUAGCUGCCACUCUUUACAGGCGGUUUGGCAACCGCGGUUAGGCUUUAAAGAUGUUUUAAUAGGGACGCUGCUGCCCAUCCCCCGUCCUCCUUUAGUCGCCUCUUACGACACCCACGGCGGUGCAUAUUAUUAGUAGUAAAAUUAACAAGUGACAGAGGUAUCCAACUAAAUGACUUCCCAUGUCACAUACGUAUUUGGAGAAAAAGAAGAGCAAAAAGCUUCACGAUGCAAGAAGAAGAAGAUUCACAGCCCAUGUGGUCGCGGCAUAGAAUAGGCCACCCCUUACUUUCCCGUGGAUGUAAUAGGCGACUGAGGGAACAUAAUGGUAGCGGCAGCAGCGUCUUUAAAACAUCUCUAAAAUCUUAACUGCAGUUGUCAACCUGGCUGCCAAGUGUGGCAGAAAAAAAACCUCCCCUUAUGAGGUAGACUUAUGUUCACCAGUGGACAGUUAAUGUCUGAAAUGAUGAUGAAGAAGAUUCAUGCAACUUGACAUGAACAUAGCUCGUCAUAAUCACAGUACGUCACAAACAGACAUACGUAUUUGGUCACUAGCAAGUUUGUCACAAACGAUAUCCAGAGGGAGACUUUGUACAAAAGUCGAUUGCUUGGGUACCUCUGUCUCAUUCGUGUUUCAACCGUGAAGCAGUUGUGUUUGCAUGGCUGUGUUUCGGUUUGAAGGGUGGGAUAUGGCGUGAAUUUACUGGGUACAGAGGAAUAACACCUGAGUCCUCAGGAAUGGCAACGCAUGGGGGUACCAUGGGCGAAACAGUAUACUCUGUUAUGUCCAUGGUACUGCUCAUGUCUAUAGGCGACGGUUACCAUUUUCCAUCAGGUGGGCCGUCAGCUUGUUUGCCAUUCUAUGUUGUAUAAAAAAAAACUUCGUAACAAACUAUAUUCGUAGUUCGUCACAAAUGCUGUUCGCAGUUUACAUAUAGUGUCCAUUUGACCUCCCUUUGCCUUGUCACUUGAAAAUAUGUUAGAGAGUGUAGAGUAUCUAGUCCAUUAAGUUGGUUAAGUUUAAAUAGAGAUUUCAUUUUAUAUAAUACAUAACACAUACUGGUACCAAUUGUAUGGAGAUACAUUUGGACUAAGUUAGGGAAUCCUAAAUAUAUUGUCUUGUAAAUAUAUAUACUUAAACUUAAACUUACAGGUAUAUUAUAAAUAUAUUUGUUACCCGUAGUUUCGUUUGUUGUAAUCCGUCAAUUAGGACAUCGUAUCAGCAGUCUGUUAAAGACGCGUUUCUACACGUCUUUAUCUAUAUCUUUCCUUCUGGAAAGAGUUUGAUAUACUAGUACUAUCUAGUAAUUCGAAAAGCAAUUUCGUAAAACUCUGACAAUAGACGCUCGUGAAAGAUGGCUUACAGCACGGGCUCAAUCUUUUUGCUGCUUCUAAGCACUUGUUAUGGGCAGUUAGUUAACAUGCUGUCCCAGUAUCCUAAAGCAUCCACGCAAAAGGUGCACCCAAUUUUUUUUCACUCGGAACUCAGAUAUGUUGACAAUACUGUCAGAGAUACUUUAGAUCACGCUACGUUAAAAACCAUCAUGUCUAAUGCAGUGCAGAAUAUCACAUAUAUCAAGAAUCAAACUUUUUCGGAAUAUAUCCACGCCGAAUAUAUGGCGGGCGUGAAAAACGAAGACGUGAAGCUCAGUAUUCGAGAACUGAUCACAAAGUAUGGAUAUCCCCUGGAAGAACACGAGGUGAUCACUGCGGACAGCUACAUAUUAAGAAUGUUCCGGAUACCGGGGAACGGGCCCGUUGUAUUGCUCAUGCACGGACUGUUCGGGAGUGCUGAUGAUUUCGUGGUAGCAGGCCCCAAGAACAGUUUAGCUUACUUGCUGGCAAACGACGGGUACGACGUGUGGCUGGGCAACGCCAGGGGGAACAAACACUCGCGCCGGCACGUCAGUCUCGAUCCCGCUGGGCCCGCAUUCUGGAAGUUCUCUUGGCACGAAAUUGGUUACUACGACCUGCCGGCGAUGAUCGACUACAGUCUAAACGUGACGAAUAGGAGGUCUCUGUACUACAUCGGUCACUCGCAGGGCACCACCACCUUCUUCGUUAUGGGCUCCGAGAGACCGGAAUAUAAUGAGAAGGUGACUCUUAUGAUAGCGCUAGCACCAAGUGCUUACCUGUCACACACGAAGUCCCGACUAAUGCGAGUUUUAGCUCCUAAAGGAGCCCUCAUACAGACGGUGUUGAAUAACAACGGCAUAUACGAGUUACUGUCGGACACUCCAACAAUGCGCGUCGUGAAGGACAUCCUUUGUAAUACGGGCCCGCUGGUGGAUAUCUUAUGCAAUAGAAUAGUGAUGAGCUUAAAUGUUUUUAGUUAUACUGAAUUAAACGCUACCCUCUUGCCGGUGAUACUGAGCCACGCGCCCUCCGGAGCGUCAGUUGAGCAGGUCAAUCAUUACUUCCAGGGGAUCAUGUCGGGGAUGUUUCGGCAGUACGAUCACGGAGUAGAUAUGAACAUGAAGAAAUAUGGCAGAGUAACACCUCCGAGUUACCCCGUGGAUAAGAUAUCGGCUCCUGUGGCUUUGUUUUUUAGUGACGAUGAUACUCUUUGCUCGUCCCGUGAUGCUUAUAAGCUACACAGAAGACUGAACAAUUGUGUCGAUAUGUAUAAACCACCUAAUGAGUACCACUUUAAUCACGUGGAUUUCAUAUGGGCGAAGCACUUCAGAAUUGUGAUAUACAAUAGGAUCAUAAAAUUGUUAAGAAAAUUCGUUUAAUCAUGUUAUAUUCUUAUACUACUCAAAGUGAUAAAGUGACAAGUCAUGGGGCAACCGCCCCUUCUAGACACGAACCGCACCGUGGAGAACUCAGAUUGUGCUCCGUGGCAUUCAUCGUACAUUGCCACUCCUGAAGACUUAGGUGUCUUGGUUUUCCACUCAGAAAUUGCACUGGCCACUUUAAGCUUCAGACUGAAGGUUUACGUAAAAAUUGCGACUUCACAACAGAAACAAUUCCCAUCUAUUUUGAGUCAUACAAAUGCCGUAAUAUUUCAGUAGAUAAUAGACAGAAGUUUAUGGGAAAGGAUUGUAGCAAAGAGAACUAAUAUGUUAGUCUAAAUCUUCCUGCUUGUUUUUCCAUCUAAAUAUAAUAUGCAUUAAUUUAAAGCAAAUGUGAAUAGGCUUUUCGUGGGCCCGCAUGCCCCAUCUUGACCACAUCGUUAGAUACAUUUUCAUCAGGUCAGAUCGUGAUCAUUUGCGGGCCCUUACAAUAGUAAAAACAAAUUGAUGGUAAUGUCUAGUAAAUUGACCUUCUCGGUUCUUCAGAACUUCUUCCAGUUUUUUUAUAAACUAACUACCCGCCCUAGCUUGCAUGAUUUUAAAUAUUUAAUUAAGAAAAUGAGACGAAUUUUUUCUUCACAAUCUGUCAUUCACUGGGUAUAUAAACCAGCAAACGUGGGGGGAAAGGGAUUAUAUUGGGGUCUAACUGACCGAUUGCUAGCAAUACACCCUAUCAGGUCGAUCUCCACGCGGUUCCCCCUGGAAACCAUCGUGGUUAAUUGUAGUGGAAUUCGUCACGAUGGGCUAAUUGACCUACUUCAUCCUCACCUACCAUCCCUCACUGGCGCCCCGCCGGUGUAUACCGACAGCGCGGGUGGGGUUAUUAUUCCAUUAUCAUCCAUCAAAAACAAAACCAGCAAACAUUGUUCUGCUAUAUAAAUAUUUUUUUCUGGAUAGAGUCACGCUAGUCACCUAGCGGUAUAUAAUAUAAUUUAUACAUUCAUAAAAAUCGGUCAAGCCGUUUCACAAGAGUUCGACCACAAAUACCGUGAAAAGAGUUUUUUAUAUAUAACAUUUUAUAAAUAGGUGAAACUGUUCUGAAAUAUUGUAUACAUACAUUAGAGAAUUGAUUUUUAUUCAUAUAAAAAAAAAUCGCCGUAUAGGUUCCGGCAUAGAAUGGACCUUUUCUUUCCCGUGGGAAAGAAAGGGGUGGUCCAUUCUAUUAUUAUUAUAUUCUCCACACACCCACGGGUGUCGUAAGAGAAUAUAUAUAGAGGCGAGUAAGGGAGCAUAUGGUAAAGAUAUGGGCAGCAAUGUCCUUCUUAAAACAUAUUUAAAAGCCUAACUACGGUUGCUAACCCUCCUGCCAAACGUGGCAACUACUGGCAAAACUCCCCUUAUGGGGAAGGCUAAUGUUCAACAAUGGAUAGUUAACGGCUGAAAUGAAAUGAAAAUAAAGAUAUUUUGCACUUUAUUUCGUAAUAGUUGUCUUUAUUAAUUUGGUAUUGAAAUAAAGCAAAUGUCCUCGUGAAUAACAGUUGACAAAUAAUAUGAAUAGAUCCUUCAUACCUAUUUAAUUAUAGAACAAAUUCAUCGACUAGUCGACAAAAAUAUAUUAUGGCCGACUUAACCGGUUUUAGUAACUAUUUAUAAUUUAAAAUAUUAUUUUUAUAUUUUUUUAUACCACUGAGGUGGCAAACAAGCAUAUGGCCCACUUGAUGGUAAGUGGUUACCGUAGCCUAUGAACACCUGCAAUACCAGAGGUAUUACGCGUGCGUUGCCGACUCUGAAGAAACCUCUUUACCCCGAGGGGAAAGGGAUUGUUAGUAAUGGAGGUCGACGAGGAGGCCUCCUCGCGGUUCCCCCUGGAAACUAUCAUGGUUAAUUCCUGAUGAAUUAAUUAUGAUGGGCUAACUGGCCUGUUUUCAUUCUCAUCGAUCACCCUUCACUGGUGCUCCGGCAGCGUAUCCCGUUAGCGCAGGCGGAGUAAUCAUACCAUUUUCACCCAUCAAAAAA